GGCGGAGGGGUGCGGAGGGCCCGCGGCAGCUGUGCGGAUGCUGCUCCCGCCCGGGCGGCCCCUCGCAGGGCUUCAUCUUUGGCUUGUCAGAUGGGCAUUAAGCAAAGUUAACUGUUAACUGCAAACAUUUCAGAGGCACUGUAUCAGCUGGGAUGUUGCGACAGAACGGUGGAAGUAACAAGCGUGGUUUGGGAUUAGCCCGACUAUCUACCUCCAGCUUCUUCACCAUCUCUAAUUCAGGAAACUGGGGAAUGGGGCGCAGCACCAAGAGCAGUUCUCUGAGCAGCAUUAGCUCCAACUCUGACUGCUAUGACAGUCCUAUUGUGGAUCCAGAGUACAUCAUGCAACUGGUAAACGAUGUGAGAAAAUUUGCAGAUGUGCUACUAUAUUUGAGAGAGGCCAUUCUUUCAGAAGAAAACCAAGAUUGUCUGCAUCAAGUAGUCCACGAACGUUUAGGGGAGCUGCUACGUGUUCUAAAAGCAGUGAUCAACAAACAUCAGACUCUCAACUCAGUUGACAUUCUUAGUGCUGCAGGAAUGGUCAUUGCAAAAGUAAAAGCUGUGAACUUUAAAGAAGUUAAUGAAGAAAACAAGAGAGAGCUAUUUGGUGAAAUAUUUUCAUCCAUUGACACAUUGGCAUUUACCUUUGGCAACAUUGUUUCAGACUUCCUUAUGGGAGAUGUAGACAAUGGUUCGUCAUUGGGACUUCCUGUAUCUCGGAGAAGUCGGUCUUUUGAAAACCUUUCUGUGGAAUCUGUGGGAUCACUGCAUGAACGGGAUGAUAUUCAAGGUACAGGACAGCUUCAAGUUGAAGAGCUUGAUAGCAAGCUCCUAAGAAAUGACAGCGGAAUUGAAUCAGCUCUGUCUUAUGCUAAAGCGUGGUCAAAAUAUACCAAGGAUGUAGUCGUUUGGGUAGAAAAAAAGCUUAGCUUGGAAGUAGAAUGUGCUAAAAAUGUAGCAAAAAUGGCUGAGACUGCUAAAACUGUUGUUGGGUCCCAGGUUUACAUGCCGUUCCAAUCAAUAUUCACAAAUGCUUUUCAAAAUGAUAUUGAGAACUGUCAACUUUGGCAACAAACAGCAACUGCUCUGCAGUCUAACAAAUUUGUACAGCCUCUCCUAGGGAGAAAAAAUGAGUUGGAUAAACAAAGAAGAGAGAUUAAGGAGCUGUGGCAGCGAGAACAGAAGAAAAUGCAAGAAUUGGAAACUACUUUAAGAAAAGCGAAGCUACUCUACAUGCAGCGCCAAGAUGAGUAUGAAAAGGCAAAAUCCUCCACUGUUCGUGCUGAGGAAGAACAUUUGAGCUAUAGUGGAGGUCUUAUGAAAGAUAUUAGCAAACAAUUGGAGAAAAAACGAAGGCUCGAAGAGGAGGCUCUUCAAAAAGCUGAAGAGGCCAAUGAACACUACAAAGCCAGUAUGGCAGAAGUUGAAGAAAAGAGAAAUGAUCUGGAAAGCAUCAAAAGUGAUAUUUUAACACAGCUACGGGGACUUAUUUACCAGUGUGAUCUUACUCUUAAAGCUGCAACAGUUAACCUAUUCCAGCUGCAGCAUGCCCAGGUUGUGUCCCUUCCAGUCAACUGUCAGUCCCUCUGCGAGAGUGCCAAGAUGUAUGACCCAGGACAGCAGUAUUUGGAGUUUGUGAAAAAUUUGCCAAAGGAAGAUAUUCCCAUUGAGUCGGGUUCCUUUGAAACUCAGAGCUCCCAAGUGGAUGGUGUUUUUAGUAAACAAGCAACAAACAGUGCCCAUGCAUCACAUGGAAACUUAUCUCAGUGUUCGGGUGACUACCCUACCCAGUCGUUAGAGGAUGUUGGAAGCCCAACUUACUGUCGUUCUCAUAAGAUUGGAGAGAAGAGAUCUGCCAGCAGCACAGAUAUACAAGCAAUACGAGGACCCCCACCAUUCAGAUCAUGGUCAGUAGGUAACCAAGGUGGAGGAAUGUGUAGUGAUUCUGAAAGUGCUGGAGGAAGCAGUGAAUCGCGUUCUAUGGAUUCUCCAUCUGCUAGCCCAGGGGAUUUUAAGAGAAGGCUUCCCCGCACACCCUCUACUGGUACUAUGUCUUCGGCAGAUGAUCUAGAUGAAAGAGAACCACCUUCUCCUUCUGAAUGUGGUUUAAAUGAUUUGACAUCUGAAACUGCCAAUUCUCCUGGACCUUUUAGAAAUACCCUCAUGUCCAAGGCAGCUCAAACGCACAAGCUGCGAAAAUUGAGGGCUCCAUCUAAAUGCAGAGAAUGUGAUAGCUUAGUGGUAUUCCAUGGAGCAGAAUGUGAGGAGUGCUCACUUGCUUGUCACAAGAAAUGUUUAGAGACUUUAGCUAUUCAGUGCGGGCACAAAAAACUUCAUGGAAGACUUCAUUUGUUUGGAGUAGAAUUUGCUCAAGCUGCUAAAAAUGUUCCUGAUGGCAUCCCUUUCAUCAUUAAAAAGUGCACCUCUGAAAUUGAAAGCAGAGCCCUGAAUGUAAAGGGCAUCUACCGUGUGAAUGGAGCCAAAUCAAGAGUUGAAAAACUCUGCCAAGCAUUUGAAAAUGGAAAGGACUUAGUAGAACUGUCAGAACUCUAUGCACAUGACAUCAGUAAUGUCCUUAAACUAUACCUCCGCCAGCUCCCAGAACCUUUGAUUUUGUUUCGGCUUUACAAUGAAUUCAUCGGACUUGCUAAAGAAAGUCAGAAUGUUAAUGAGGAAGUGGACACAAAACAGGCUAGUCCCACAUCAAAGAAAAGGCAAUCAGUCUGUAUUGAAAUGAACAGGAUCAUCAUUAAAAUGAAAGAUCUCCUCAAACAGCUACCUGUACCAAAUUAUAACACACUUCAGUACCUUACAGCUCAUCUUCAUAGGGUUACUGAACAAUCAGAUGAAAACAAAAUGUCUGCCAGCAAUCUUGGCAUAAUAUUUGGGCCAACUCUGAUCAGGCCCCGUCAGACAGAUGCCACCAUUUCUCUUUCAUCACUUGUGGACUAUCCAUAUCAAGCCCGGGUAGUAGAGUUGCUCAUCACAUACUAUGAAAAGAUCUUUGAUGUUUUGCUGCAACCACUUUCUACUGUGUCUCAGCCAGAAGAAAGUGCUGCUUCAGUAGAAAAUGCUUUACCAAUGGAAGAGAGGGAACUGCAGCAGCAGAGCAAAUCAUUUAUUGCUGUAAAGGAAGGCAUACUGCUAGCCCCAAGUGAGAGUAAGAGUUCAGAAACACUUGCAUUACUCUUGGAACAGGACAGCAGCAAGAACAUUAGAGAGAGAUCGGAUGCAUCUCGCACUGAACGGAUGCAUCUCCCACUCACUGGAGCUAAGCAUGAGGGGUUUGGGAAUUGGAGUGCUCCACUGGAAUCCCCAACUGCCGCUAUUCUAGAUAUUCAUAUUGGUGCUCCCAAAGAGUCAGGCAAUGCUGUGACUCCUGUUUCAGAGAGAGAUAGUGAGCAGUCUCUCUCUCUCGCUGAGAAUGGCUGCAAAGUCAGUUUGUUGCCUGUAAAACCUAAUCGUCAAAUAACCAAAGUUCAGUUGCGAUCUCCAAGGAUAAAGCCAGUCAUUCGCCCUGUUAGUUUGCCUGUGGAGAGAAUUCUUCCUCCAUGUGUUCUGAAUGAGAGAAACUCACGGAACGUAGGUGUUUCAAGCCCAGAAAAGCUUGGCAGGAGUCCUACUAUUGAAGAAGUUUCAGAGAGCAAGGCACUUCCUGCCAUUAGUGCCUGUUGCAGGCUCUCUUGUUAUGACACACAGACUCUGAGGAAAACUUGGGACAAGCAGUAUAAACAAUAUGAUAUAACUGCGAGGACAGCAAUGAUCAUGACCAACGUGCCCCAAGAGCACCGAGCACCGGAGAGUGGAAGUGCAGGCACUUGCUUUUCAACUUGCAGCACUGGUAAUAAUUCCACCAGUGCUGUUCCUCCCAGUAAGCCAUACAAUGUCCCUAUCAGAUCAGUGAGGGUGACAACAGAAGGGAAUGCUCCAGAUGCUAAUCCUCUUGCUGCUUUCAGGGCACCAAGAACUUUGCAGCCACCACCAGGGACUUUUUAUAAGCCUCCUUCCAAUUACAAGGCCAAACAAAAUGAGGAGGGUUCUGCCACCAGAGUUUGUGCAACCAGUGUGAGCUCUUUGCCUGCCCAGGAGAACACUGUGAAACAAAUUAAAAAUCCAGCCAUUGCCUCAGGUGCUACUGGGCAAAACACAGAUCAACAAAAAAAUAGCUCAGAGGACAUUCAGCAGCCAGACCUGAAACCCCCUUAUCAGAGACUGCGACCAAAACGUAUACAAGAACUAGAACACAGGGAAGCUCACUUUGUCUAGGGCAGCAAAUCUUUGUGGAAUGAUUUCCUGAUUUU